AUGGCAGAAGCCAGCUCCAGCUCACCAUACGCAUUCUAUGCGUUCUACCAACUAUACCGUCACUUCCACAAGAUCCCAGCAGUUUCGCUCCAAACCAUCGAUGAGCGAUUGUACCAGGGGAAAGGAGUAAAGCCCGAGUUUGCCAGGUGUCCAUUAUUCGUCACCUGGAAGAAGUUGUCCAGACAUGGCCAGUACCAGCUCCGGGGAUGCAUCGGCACGUUUGCAGAAUGCGAAAUCGAACAAGGCCUUACGAGAUACGCCCUAAUAGCGGCCUUGCAGGACUCGAGGUUUUCGCCAAUAUCUGAGAAAGAGUUGGCACUGCUAAGCUGCGGCACCAACUUGCUCAGCAAUUUCAAGACGAUAUACAAGAAGAAUAACGCUGCUGCUGCCAGCCCGGACUCACUACCCAAGUCAAGCAUAUUCGACUGGGAGCUGGGCAAGCAUGGGAUCGAGCUCAAGUUCAGACACCCGAAGACGGGCGCCCGGCUCAGUGCGACGUUUCUACCCGAGGUCAUGCCUGAGCAAGGCUGGAACCAGCAGGAGACGUUUGAGAACCUCAUUGAGAAGGCCGGCUGCUGGAAGUACGUGACCCUUGUGAUGGACCACUGGGACGAGUACUUCGAAGAGGUGAUCCGCUACGAGGGGACCAAAUCCCAGAUCACGUGGGAGGAAUUCGAAUCCAAACUUCCCAUGAUCACGUGA